AUGUACGGCAACGACGGCUGCGUCUGCUACCCCGGCUUCCUCCAGUGCGUCCAGACCAACUGCUACAACGACUACACACCUGCGUACCAGCAGUGCCAGUCGGCGAUCCCGAACGCCAACCGCUGCGUCUUGACGUGCGCGCCGCAAGCGUACCCGGACCCGGCCGUCGCGCCAGUGCAGUACAGCUUGUACUCGACCCUGUGGAUCCAAGGCGCCAACGCAACAGGCUUCCAGAACUACGCAUAUGCGUUCUCCGAGACACUGGCGUCGUAUCUGAGCAGCAACGGAAAUGGCUCUACUGGCAGCGCGUGGAGCAUCAGCACGAUUGGCAACCCGCCCGUGGACAUGGCCAACAUUACGCUGUCGGAAGUGGCCGACGUCGUCGUCAAUGACACGUCGCUCUUGCAGAUCGACCUGUUGAUCAAGCGGCCGACGUUCGACGCGCUCAAUAUUACCGCCACCAAGCUCAACGCGCUCGUGGCCAACACAUCGAUGGAGUUUCAGAAUGCGCUCGUCAAGGCCGGUGUGCUCUUUGAGACGACGCAGCUCACGGUGCAGACGGCGCAGACGAGCGUCGAUGCGCUGGACAGCAACGGCCAAGUGAUUGCGCCAAACGACUCGAGUGACGUCGGCCUCGUAGCGUGGGUCUGCCUGAUCGCGGGCGCGUAG